AUGGCUACAAUCGAUGGGUUGGUUAUAAAAGAUGCUGUGAAAGUGAGUUUUUGCGUGUUUUCCAAUUUAUUUUUCCCAUCUUUGAGGUCGAGCGUAUUGGAGUUCAUUCACAUAUUCGCGGUCUGGGCUUGAAUGAUCGCCUGGAACCUGCACAGACUGCGGAUGGGAUGGUCGGCCAAUUGGCUGCGCGCCAAGCAGCUGGAUUCAUUGUGAAAAUGAUUCAGGUAUGUUUAGAGGCUGGUUCUGUGAAAUGCGGCGAUUCCAGGAGGGGAAGAUUGCCGGAAGAGCUCUGCUGAUCACCGGAGAACCGGGGACCGGAAAGACGGCAAUCGCCAUGGCGAUUUCUAAGGCUCUUGGAAGUGAUACUCCUUUCGUUUCCAUAACUGCCUCAGAGGUCCAUCUUUUAUGCUGACUUUUCUUUUGGAUCAUUUCAAUAUUUCUCCGAGAAUAAAGAGCAAAAUUUUUUUGAAGGUUUUCUCCACCGAGAUCAACAAGACAGAAUCACUGACUCAGGCCUUCCGUCGCGCCAUUGGAAUUCAAAUUAAAGAAGAGACGGAAGUAGAAUAAUUUUUCGGAUUAGGAUAGAUUCAGAAUGAAAAUGGCAGGUGCUCGAAGGCGAAGUUGUGGCAUUGGAGAUCGAUCGUCCCGCAAGCGGAGUCGGUCCCAAGGUUGGUCGUUUGACGAUGCGGACCACAGACAUGGAGACGAUCUACGACCUCGGUAGCAAAAUGGUCGACGCCUGCAUCCGCGAGCACAUCGUCGCUGGAGACGUCGUCCAGGUCGACAAGGCUUCAGGUUUUUUUAUAGUCUCAAUUUUUCAAGGAAUAUCAAGCAAAUUUUUUGGCAAAGGUGCACGAUUUCAUCAAAUCUGCGAUUUUUUUUACGGAGAACCUCAUGUGAGUAUGAAGCUUUGAAAGCACACCAAAUGAAAAAAAGGAAAAGAAAAACUUCAAAAAUUUUCAUAAAUUCACGCUAAUUGGGCAAAAAUAAUUGAAUUAAAUCUUUUUCAGUUUUUUUUCGCGUUCUCAAGAAGGUCAUUCUGAGCGUCCAAAAUUUUGCUUUGGAUUCUUCAUCUCUUGAGUUAUCACUUGGUAAUUGUAGCAUAUUUUCAGGUCGUGUGACUCGUAUUGGUCGGGCUUUCACUAGAUCUCACGACUACGAUGCGAUGGGACCUCAGGUCAAGUUCGUGCAGUGUCCAGAUGGAGAAAUCCAGAAACGAAGGUUGGUUCAGAACUAUUUCUCAUAAUCCGGAGCUAUUAAUUCACAAAAGACAUCAAAUGAAAAUCUUCAUGUAACUCAACAAGGGGGCAUUAAAUUUAGCCAAAGAAACGGAGAAAUAUCCCGUGUAUGGGAAAUAAUUGUGAGGGUUUGAAGAGAAACAGUGCACACAGUGUGUCUGCACGACGUGGACGUGAUCAACUCGCGGACUCAGGGAUACGUCGCUUUGUUCUCCGGAGACACGGGGGAGAUCAAGGCCGAGGUCAGAGAUCAAAUCAACAAGAAGGUUGGUAUUGCGGUCUUGAAACUCGAACAACUCUUUGAAAGGUGCUGGAAUGGAGAGAAGAAGGAAAGGCUCGAUUCGUUCCCGGCGUCCUUUUCAUCGACGAAGCCCACAUGCUCGACAUCGAGUGUUUCUCCUUUCUGAACCGCGCCAUCGAAGGAGAACUCAGUCCGCUACUCAUUAUGGCCACAAACAGGUUGAAGAACGUUUGCAGACAGUAUUCCAAAAUAAUCUUCCAGACUUAUCUCAAAAGUGCGCGGGACGGACAUCGAAUCGGCCCAUGGGAUGCCAUCCGAUUUGUUGGACAGAAUGCUCAUUAUUCAGGCAGAAGGCUACACUUCCGAAGAGAUCUCCCGCAUUCUACGGAUUCGCGCCGAUGAAGAAGGCGUCAAGUUUGUUUUUCAAGUGUUCAGUGACCAUGAGGUUGGUUGAGGAUUGAUUCGAAGGCGCUAGAGCUGUUGACCAAGUUGGCUAAUUCGACUUCGAUGAGAUACUGCAUCCAGCUAAUAUCCGUGGCUGAAGUUCUCAGGCAAAGAUCUCGCAAGGAAUCCGUAAGUUUUUUUCUCACUUAUUUCAGAAAAGGUAGUUUUUCUUUGGAUUCAGCAAAGAACUGAAACCGCAUAAAAAAGAAUAACCAAAAAACAAACAUUGUGAGAAAAUUAUUCUCAAGGAAACCCAGAAAUAUCCUGCUCAGGGUUUUUCACUCGGGCAUACAAUCAUGAAAGUAUUGCUAUCAUGAAGGCUAUGUUUAUUAGUUUUUUGAACUUUCUGACGGGUUUUAAACUUGGGCAUAAUCAAUUCUUCCCGACUUGAAAGGCGAGGGAGGCAGAGAAAAGGCGGGACGCGUGGCGUGUGCGUAAGCGGUUCUUGGCACGAGUUCAAGUCUACGCGGCCCGCCCACUUCUCCGCCUUCCUUGCCUUUCAAGACGACUAUACUAAUCAUUCAUAUUGAAGUGAACCGUGAGAGUAACAAAGAUGGAAAAGUUGUGGAUGACUGUUGUGAAUAAAAUCACAACCAAUCAUAUAAGUAGACCAAAGAGGUUCAAUUUCUUCAGGUUACGACCGAGGAAAUUGGAAAAGCUUAUAAAAUGUUCUACGAUUCCAAGAGGAGUGAGAAAUUUUUGACCGACUCUUUUAUUCAGUAG